CGAAUGCAAGCACGCUGGUCCAGGGAAAGGUCUAAAUGCACCUACAUGCUUGUAUUGUUCCAGCAUUCAUACACACAGCCAUUGGAACGCUGAUUCUUGGCUGGCACUACCAGGAAUGGGAGAAUGAACGUGUCAACUCCAGGUUUGGUGGUUGUGCGUUCAUGAUGCUCGACCUUGCUAUACUGCUGCUGCUCUCAUUGCACAAAAAGUCCUCAGCCAUGCUGAUCGUAUUGGUCGCUGCUACUUCUCUGGAGUCAAGAAGUUUCGGAAGUGAUGAUGACGCGGAUGAGGAAAUUGCUGGAGCUAGUGUGGAGCUGGCAUUUAAGGUUCCAAGCAUCCAGCUUGAGGGCCACAGUUUGAGCUCAAAUCGGUUCAGUGCAUCGUACGAAAGGACUGCAAUUGUAUUUAUCGCCCAUAAAACAGGACUUGUUGGCACGGAUGAUGGCUGCCAUUCUGUGGAUGCUGGACUCAAGACACAACUGAAGCAGGUUAUCAACGUCCAGGCACGAGGUCAGGGACGAGGUCAGGGACCGAGUCGCAGUGUGUGGAAGUAGCAGUAGCAGGUUAUAAGAGCAUCUCCACCCGUGUCCCACUAAUUGGGCGCGCCAUUGGGCUUGCGAUGGUAGGGUCUGCACGGUACGGAACCUGGAGACAUGGGUUGUACCAUGAUGCGGAUUCAGUCCCCAGAGUCCACCUCUACAGCGAUUAUUAACGGUGAGACAGGAAUGCUGAUUGGAGGAUCUUGUGUGGCUCAGCUUGCCCCAACACCAUGCAGUUUCCAUCUGGCGAGCCCUAUACCUAUUUUGCACUGUGUGAGCUUUACGUGGGGGGUGGUUGGUCCCGCCAAUAUAGUUUGGCCGUUUUUGUUUCGGCCAUGCCAUAAUCUCGGUUCGGCUCUUAAAGUGAUCCCCUGGAGUUCUUUGUGCAGAUGUAGGCCCAUUUGAUUCUAGUUGGGUUGUGGAGAGAGGUUGUGUGCAUAGUGUGUUGCCUUAGUUGACAGGUCGUUGUCUUAGGUUGUCGUAGACAGGAAGAUCUUGUGUCCUGAUGGGUCAUGAUUUCUUGAUGCUAUUGUAAUAUUCUAGACUCGCGAUGGAAUCAGGUAUAAGCUGUGGAAAAUAAACUAAUCUACUUGUGGAAGACAAAGUGAUUUGCCUACAGUUGUGUGAGCAACUUUGAUAGUUUUCAUAAAAAAUUGAUGAAGAAAGAAUGAUUGUUAAAGAUUUUUUGAUGUUUUUUUAUUUUAUCAAUUGUUUAUUUAUUUUAUAUUUAACAUUUUGAAAUUUAACAGAUAUAGAGUUUUAAUUUGAUAGAAAAAAAUUCAUCAUUUUUUUUGUAUGAUAAUUUUACUUUUAAUGUUAAUUGAAGUUUGGAUUCAUGAAUUUAUAAUAAUUUUUUUUGAUGUUUUUGUUAGUAUUUUUUGGUUGUGUAGUUGUAAUUACAAAUAAUAUGUGAUGAUAUUAAAAAAAUAUUUUCAUGUAGAAGAAUAGAUCUCUGUUGAAGUUAUUGUAUAAAUUGCUUGAAAGAUAGUACACCUCAAUUUACAAAAGAAUCAUCAUAAUUAUUGAAACUAAAAUACAUAUAGAUAAGAACAAAGGUAUGUAUUCUUGUAUAUGGACCUUCAUUCUUUUGAAUCAAAAUUAUGUAAUUUUAUAUAAGAUUCAUAAUUCAUGAUGUUUAUGAUGUGUUCAAUUUUUCAGUUACAAUAUUGUGAGUAGUCAUUCUUCUACCUCUCUACACUUUUUUGAGCUCAAUCAGCUAAUUGCAUUCUUAUCAUUCUUAUCAGUUAGAUUCAACACUGAUUCUAAUCUAUCUAUUCCUGAUCUGUAAUGAUUAAUGCUUUGUAAUGUCUAAUGUCUAACGCUUUGUUCCUGAUUGAUUUGCUUUUGAAUUUAUUCAAAUCGAAAGUAUCUGCUGGUUUUCAGAACUUUCAAGUCUUGUAUCCCUACAUGUAUUGGACAUCUACCUUUGUAGGCGUCCAAAUAGAUUUCAGUCACUCAAGUCUAGUGUGCAGGCUUGUGGAGGGCUAUGACGCUGUUCGGCCUGUUUUCAGAUUACUCUAUUCUUGCUUAGAGGCUGGUGAAGGAGUCCAGUUGGUUUCCAGGUUAUUUCAAAGGAGUUCAGUUGGUUUUCAGGUUAAUACGAAGGUGUUCAGUUGAUUUUCAGAGUAAUAUGAGGGUCUUCAGUUGGUUUAGAGAAAGCUCAAGUCUUGCACACUGAAUUCUAUGAAGGUGUUCAGUUUCUUUCCAAGAUAAUGUGAGGUUCCGAAACUAGUGGCAUUCUGAAAGCGGUUCACGUUUCACGGGAAUCUUUUCUGUAAGCUUGACAUCAUCGGUCAAAAGAUCUAUCCAUUGUUGUCCAGCCGACCCAUGAGCGAGGCUGCAGAAUGAGUGAAGCAGGUGAAGGAUUGCAGAAACAAAUCUCAUCGAGCAAGGAGAUACUCAUGAAGGCUUCAAAAUAGGUGUGUCCGUACUGGCCCUCCAUUAUUGACUAGAUUGAUUGACUGAUGGAGGCAUUCACCGUAAUUAGUGAUGUUCACGGCGGCAGAAUCCUUGCAUUGUUUUGCAGUCUAAUUUGAAUUUUCAUUUGCUUCAUUAAUAUAAUUGUGUGGACACAAUGAACGUGGCCUUAGCUGUCUGCAUUUGAUACCCUCUGCGAGGUUUCCUGCUGGACUCCGGGGUUUGCACACCAUUAUGCGGUCGCCUUUGACGUUGUGAAUGUUUAGAUAAUAGCACGGCUUGACAAUAAUAUGUGGGGGUUUCUGGGUGAUACUUGAUUCCCAACAGACAAUGUAAUGAAAUGAGCGAGACAGAACGUGCCGUGCCAUCAGUUGAUUGUUUUACUAACAUCUUGUGGGAUCUGUAAAUAUACUAAUCGUCUCUAGAAUGCAAAUUUUCAAGCUCGUGAACCUUGAUAUUUUCUGGGACGAUAGUAUUGUAGCACGUGUGACGUCGACGGCAAUGUGAUGGCCUGGGCCCUGCAGCAAAUUCAAAGCAUGAAGGAAUGUGCCUGGAAGCAUGGGGAUCUUGUGAGGGGGAUUUAUAAGGACCUCAGCUCGUUUCUUUGAAUAUGCUGAGUGUGUUGCCUGUGAUUCGUUGCUGCGAGGUGAUCAGUUUUGACUGAAUGGGGGGACUUCUCCACAAUGCACGACUAAGUCAUUAAUGUGAUUUUUUGUAUAUUAUUGAAGUAUUUACAAGUGUAAAUUUCUUUUAACAGUUUUCUGAUUACUGAACAGUGCGUUUCCUGGCUUGUCUUAAGUGGAUAUGCGAAAUUGUGACGGCAUACUCAACGAAUCAAUCUGAAACAGUAAUUGAACAGGCGGAGAUUUGUUAACCUUCGAAGAGCUCUGAAUUAUCAGUUGAUAUUGCGAAGUUUCCAAGUAUUCUCCUGAUGGACGAGAUGAUGAGGAUACGGCAUACAAUCGUAAGGGAUUACUAUUUUUAUGGACUUGCAAGUAAGUUUCUCCAAUCAAAAUGCCUCCUAAAAUAAUUCAUUUAGUCAAUUCUUUCUGAAUAUGUCAUUUAAUUUUGGAACUCCAAAAUUGAGAUCCCCGUCGAGACCAUUUUGUCGAGUGUCUUAGUUAUAGUCUAGAGGGUAUCUCAAACCAUUGUCCAAUCGACCAUAGGUUGGCGACAAUGCAGUGCCCUUCAGAGCCUACUUUUAAAUGAGGUACAGGAGCAGCACCUAAUACUGACCAAAUCCCACGAAAAUCUGUGUUAUCAACAUCCAUAUAGGCCCUGGCCUAUUGGACAAUGGCUGCUGAAACAUGUAAAUCCAUUGUGAAUAUUGGAAUUGCUGCAGUGUUCCUUGUUUCAGAGAUCUCUGAAACAAUGGUCCAGAUUUAGACCAAGAAAUUAAUCAGGAUAUGAUAUAGAUCAACAGUUGGAAAGAUAAGCUCUCAGCUAAUUUUCUGUCGUGAUUCUAUUCAUUUGAUUUGUUUCAUAUGUGGUUCAUUGAUUUUCCUGUAGGAGAUGCACUUUUACAGAAACAACACUAUCUACAGUAGAUGUCACAAGUUUGGCUGCAUUAGACACUCUGGUUUGUAUCAAACAAUAUGUUCAGUUUGAAUGUAAGUACUGCAUGAGCAUUAUCAAUAAUAUAGAAUUCUGUCUCUAACUA